AUGCUGCGGCGUAGCGCUUUGGUGGCGGACAGUUUCAAGGAACACUACCACCGUGUCCAUCUACCGAGACGGUUAGCGUUGCAGCGGUACAUCCGCCAACAGACACUCCGAAAGCAGGCAAAGGCGGAGCCGGAGGUGCCGUACAAAUACAACCGCUGGUGGGUAAAUGCCGAUCAUGAAUUUGUGCACCAGCACGCCUUUGUCGAGGACCCGGAGGUGACAAGGGCCAAGCGUGAACUGCUGCCACCCGUGACGAAGGAGAACAUUUGGAAAGACCCUCAAAAAACAUUCUUCAUGCCGUUCGCGCCGUACAUUCGUGUCGUAGACUACCCGAAGGAUCCAGAUUCGAAGUUUAUGAAACCGGUGAAUGUUCCUCGCUGGAAAGACUACAUGCAACGCACAAAACCUGUCGUGCCGCGGACGUGGUACUAA